AUGCCUGUAAUGAAGGGCCUCCUGGCCCCUCAGAAUACUUUCCUGGACACCAUCGCCAAGCACUUCGAUGGCACCCACAGCAACUUCCUGCUGGGAAACGCACAAGGCUGUCGUGGUUACCCUAUCGUCUACUGUUCUGAUGGCUUCUGUGAACUGACCGGCUUCGCACGGACCGAGGUCAUGAAGAAGACGUGCACGUGUCGCUUUCUCCAUGGAGAAGAAACGAGCGAGAGAGUGACUCAGCAAGUGCAGAAGACUCUGGAAGGCCAGAGAGAAUACCAGGCUGAAGUCCGCUACUACAGGAAGAACGGAACAUCGUUCUGGUGCCUGCUGGACAUCGUGCCUAUAAAGAAUGAGAAAGGAGAGGUGGUGCUGUUCCUCUUUUCCUUCAAAGACAUAACUGACUCGUACGGAAAGACGCACCACUGCUCCAAGAUGCGGGAAGAUGGCACUCAGAACAGGAAGUCCAGCCGCUCUCAUCUUAGUCGUGCACGUGAGCGGGGGAGGAGUGUCCUGUACCACCUGACCAGUCAGUUCACCAAUAGAAACAAAGGGAAACUGGCAAAUAACGUUUUCCCGAAGCCCACUCUCCCUGAAUACAAGGUUGCGUCAGUCCAGAAAUCCCGCUUCAUCCUGCUCCAUUACAGUGUCUGCAAAGCAUUGUGGGACUGGUUAAUCCUCCUAGCGACGUUCUACGUAGCCGUCACCGUCCCUUACAACGUAUGCUUCUCCGCCCCUGAUGACAGUAACCACGAAGACCCGGAAUGUGACUCCUCCUACCGAAGCACGAUCGUCAGCGACAUAGCAGUGGAGAUGCUCUUCAUCCUCGAUAUCAUCUUGAAUUUCCGCACUACUUAUGUGGGGCCGGCCGGUCAGGUGGUGUAUGAUGCUCGCUCUAUCUGUCUUCAUUAUUCUGCCACCUGGUUCAUCCUGGACCUCAUUGCUGCCCUGCCCUUUGACCUGCUCUAUGCUUUCAACAUCUCAGUGACUUCCUUAGUGCACCUGCUGAAGACGGUGCGUCUGCUGCGUUUGCUGCGUCUGCUGCAGAAGGUGGACCGUUACUCGCAGUACAGCGCCGUGGUGCUCACGCUCCUCAUGUCCGUCUUCGCUCUGCUCGCACACUGGCUCGCGUGUGUCUGGUACGUCAUCGGGCGCAAAGAGCUGACCAGCAAUGACCCGGUUACAUGGGACAUCGGCUGGCUGCAGGAGCUGGGGAAGCGUUUGGAGACUCCUUACACAAAUGGCACAGUUGGCGGGCCUUCCAUGCGCAGCGCCUACAUUGCCUCUCUCUACUUCACCCUUAGCAGUCUGACCAGCGUGGGUUUCGGCAACGUUUGUGCCAACACUGAUGCUGAGAAGAUCUUCUCCAUCUGCACUAUGCUCAUCGGGGCUCUGAUGCACGCCGUGGUGUUUGGCAACGUGACAGCCAUCAUUCAGCGCAUGUACUCACGCCGCUCCCUCUACCACACACGUAUGAAUGAUCUUAAGGACUUCAUCCGCGUGCAUCGCCUGCCUCAGCACCUAAAGCAGCGCAUGCUGGAGUAUUUCCAAACCACCUGGUCAGUUACCAAUGGGAUCAAUGCUAAUGAGCUACUGCACGACUUCCCAGAUGAGUUACGAGCCGACAUCGCCAUGCACCUCAACAAGGACAUCCUGCAGCUGCCCCUCUUCUCCUCUGCCAGUAGAGGGUGCCUGCGCUCACUCUCUCUUCACAUCAAGACUUCCUUCUGCGCUCCGGGGGAAUAUCUCAUACGGCAUGGAGACGCCCUACAUGCUCAUCACUUCGUUUGCUCUGGAUCCCUGGAGGUGCUUAAGGAUGGGAUGGUGCUUGCCAUAUUGGGUAAGGGAGAUCUGAUUGGAGCAGACCUGCCUGGGCGGGAUCAGGUAAUCAAGGCCAAUGCGGAUGUGAAAGCUCUGACCUACUGUGACCUGCAGUACAUCAGUAUCAGGGCGCUGCGCGAGGUCCUCGAUCUCUAUCCUGAAUACGGCAACCGCUUCAACGAGGACAUUCAUCACAACCUCACGUACAACCUCAGAGAGGGUCAGACUCGAUUUCCUCGCUCUCCGAGAAUCUCACAGGGUCGUUCUGACUCCACCCUUACUCCUGAGCCGAAACUGCCCUUUAUUGUGGAGGCCGAAGAAGAGGAUGAUCCAGGACAGGAAGUAGGCAGGCAGCCGUUGCUCUCCAGCGUGGAAGGAAACUCAAACCAUUCUGCUCUGAGUGCCAUGUUAGGGGAAGAGCUACGCCAUUUCGGCAUGCUCCGCCUCUGCCGCUCUCCAACCCAAGGAUACCGAGGGCAGAGCCCCUCCCCCCACCCACCAGCCAGUGAGGAGCUGUGUCCCCCUGUGAUCGACACAGGCCCCGUCAGCCGUCCAGCCAAGCUAUUCAUCCCCUCGCUUACCUGUGUCAGUCCAUUAGACCUAAGCCCCAGGGUUGUGGAUGGUAUUGAGGACAACGAACCAGCAUUUCACUUCAACGUCGAGCCCAAUGAGGUCACGUCAAAUCGAAGGGCCAAAGAUCCCUUUCAGGUGAAUGCCAACCUUUUACUUGAGACAGAAGAAGUUAGACAAAGCAUCUCCCAACUCAACACAGAGAUGAACCGCUUGAACCAGGAAGUGUCCAAUCUGGCUAAAGGUCUGCAUGAGAUGAUGCACUUCCUGCAUACCCACGUAACCAUGCCACACUUCCCUUCUCCUGUCCCAUCAUACUCGUCUUUUAGCCUCCAUGCACAAACCAGCAACACCACCCUGACACCAUCUCCCUCUGACUGGCCCCCUCGGAUGUCUUUCAACAUGGCCACGGCUCCCAGCUGUGGCUGUGGAAGAGGCUCUGUUCUGGGACAGGAAGUGGAAAUGGAGCAUCUCCAUCCACUUCCCAGUCCUCCACACAGCACCUGCCCUCACUCUCUGUGCUGCCCCGAACAGGAAAGAUUCUCAGCUUUGGGACUGGAGACUCAACCAAGCCCAUACCAGACGUCCAGGACAACACCGAAUUCACAAUACACGGGCCACUCAGGUGGCCGGGCAGUGCCCUGUCUUCUCAGUUUGGUUCCGAGCUUCCCUUCAGUCUCAGGACCUAGCAGGAUGGCACCUCAAACAAACUCUCCAAGUAAAGCUCUGUGUUUGCAUGGCAGCCUCAGUCAGUCACACUCCUCUCUAAACCUGCAGACCACCCCUGACCUCACAUGCCAACGCUCCACACCCAUCCACAUCUCUCUUACACCAACUGGCCAAUCGCAGCCCUUUACAGCCGUCAGUCCACUUAUGCAUGCUGGGAUUUGUAGCCCGAGCUCCUUACACUUGCCAACAGGGUCUAGACAGAACGACCUGGUUGGCUCGAGCCCUGUUCAUCUGCAUGACCCCACCCUGACCCCCACUGGAGAAAUGACUGAUACAGAGAACUUGGCCCCUGCAGGGGUCUAA